AUGUCCCUCCUUAGUUCCCACUUAGAGCAGAUCACACUAUCUUCCAAUGCUAUUGCCGAUUUACCGUUCCCUCCCCCGCGGAUUUUCACCACUGCGCUAUUAGGGUCCCACGAUAUCACAGCCCUGAUUCGAGAUACAGAAGCCCAUGAGCGAGCUCUCUUCCAGGUUGACCCAGCCUCCAAGGCUCCCGGGCAUAAACGCGCCGCACGACGCGGGACCAUGUUCCCCGCCGAGCCUGAAAACGAGUCCAUGGCCAGCCGAAUCUAUUCAGCGCGAAACAACCGCAACCAAUCUGCAGUAGCGAAAGUUCUUGGGCAUGAUAUGAUGGAAGAGAUCAAGCGAUCAGCAGGCACCUCAACCCGAGGACCCCGCGGGGAGGUCAACAUUGAAGUUCUCCUUAGAGGCGCUGAGAUCCUGUGCAAUGUCUACCCCGUUGCUGGAGCACAAGAAAAGAUCUCCAACCUCCGCUAUCGUCAUGAGCUUGUUACCGAGUCUAUAGCUCAGCUGGAAGACCGUGUCGCAGCUAACACAGCGGAGCUGGAUCAAAUGAGACAUUCUUAUGGGGAUGAUCAAGAUGACUCUAUGCUUGCGUCUGCUACACAGCCGGAAGUCCCACAUGUCACGGACGAAGACAUUGAGCGCGAGAUGGCUGAAAUCCGAGACUUGGAGCGGAGGAAACGAACGCUAGAGCAACGAGUUGCAGGCAUGGAUCAAGAUUUGGGAGGUUUGCUCGGUUGA